AUGGUUACACUUGUCAGCACAUGUUAAAUAACAAGUUCCUCAUAUCAGGUCCUGCUUGAAUUCGAUUAAAAUUGCUGUUGUUGUCCAAGCCAAAAACUUUCAGAAAACCCUUCAUGCAACACUUAAACUUUGUGAACUCAUGGAUUAUGAAGCAAUCAUCACAAAUAUCGGGCACUUUGGUAAUUACCAGAAGUUAGUUCUGAGCUUUUUGGGUUUCUUUUUCAUGGCAAGUGGCAUAGAAACUCUAUUAAAUGUGUUUAUAACUUAUGUUCCAGAAUUCAGUUGUGUCAGUAACCACACUCAUGGAAACAUUACAUACAACAGCACCAAAGAUGAAUGUCACCUUUAUCCAAAUAAUGAGACAGGAUUUAAUACUACGGACAGAACUGAGGGAAGCAUUGCCUGUAAAUCUUGGGUCUAUGACAAAUCAGAUUUUACGGCUACAGCUGCAACAGACAUGAAUCUCGUGUGUGGAAACGCUGACAUAAUCCCCCUUAUAGAUACGCUUUUUAUGGGUGGAGUAUUUACUGCAUCUUUUAUUUUUGGAUUGCUUUCUGAUUGGAAAGGCCGUAAACUAACAGAGUGUAUAGUUCUGGUUAUUCAGAUUUUGUGCUUGUUUCCACUCUACUUCAUCAAAACCAGUGAAAUCCUUAUUGUCCUGCGAUUCUUUGGAGGAAUAUCUUCAGUUGGUAUUUUUUCAACAGCUUUUGUACUUGCACUGGAAAUUGUACCUCUUGCAUACCAAACAAUUGUUGGUCUAUACAGCCAAAUAAUGUUUUCUGUUGGAGAAUUAGUUGUAGUAGGCAUUGCUUACUGUACUCAGGAGUGGCACCUUCUCAGUCUUGUGGUGGCUGUCUUCUGUUUCUUCCUUUUGUUCUUUAUAUUGACAGCUGUCAACACAGUGUAUUAUGGUUUAGUGUUUGGGUCAGCCACUCUGGCAGGAAAUCUGUUUGUGAGUACUUCCCUGAUGGCAGCUGUUGAACUGGCUGCAUAUGUAGUACUGAUUUUUCUUCUGAAGAAAUGGGGUAGGAAACCACUAUACAGUUCAUCAAUAAUUUUGGCAGGAUUUGCCUGCUUUGCAUCAGGAUUUGUAAAAAUUUGGGCAGCAGAUAUAGUUUGGCUUUCAACUCUUCUUUUAUUGGUUGGAAAAUUUGCAGCUUCAGCAUCAUUUGCCAUCAUUUACAAUUACACAACAGAACUCUUUCCCACAGUCAUACGUAACACUAUACUUGGUUUGAGUUCUUGCUUUGGAAGAAUUGGUAGCAUGGCAGCCCCUUACAUUUUUCUUGCUGGAGCACAAAUGAAGUCUAAAUUUGGUGUUGGUUUGCCUGGUAUCUUCUUUGGAAUUCUUUCUAUAAUAGCUGGUCUAUUGUCUUUAUUUCUUCCUGAGACUAAAGGUUGUAGUUUACCAGAUACAUUUGAAGAGGGAGAGAAUAUAGGACGGAAAGUGAAACAUAAAGUUAAUUGUGAAGACAACAAAGGAAUGGUUUCAGACUAAAUGGUGAGUGAAACUCUCUUUGUACAGCAAAGUAGACUUUUAAUGAAAACCUAACAGUUGCGAUACAAUCAGAGUCGGUAUAGCUAGUCAACAACGUUUUUAAUUAUAUUUAUAAACAAAUUUUUCCUUCGGAAACAAAACCUUUCAUGGCUAAAGUUUUCAAUAAUUACAUUAUAAAGUAACACAACUGCAACAAAAAUAACUACAAUAAUGAUUUCUUUUGACAAAAAAACAAGGACAGUUGUGAAUGGUGAUGGAUACUACUCAACAGCUAAAUGAACCUCAUUGUAUGACUGGUAUUUAUUUUGAAUAACUAAGUCUUCCACACAUACAUGCAAUGAGAAACCAAAAUUGUUUGUUUCUUUUUCUUUUACGAAAACUAACAAUUCACUCAAAACUUGAUUAAAAAAUUUAGUGAAAAGAUGUAAAAUCCAAAAUGUAUUUUAAAAAAACUUAAAUGUCAAUGAAAAUAAACAAUGCAAUCAAAAAUAAACAAUGCUA